AUGAGUGUUGGGUUUCCUGUCAUUUUUCAAGUCUUCAACGGUACGCAAUCGGAACUCAAAGCAGUGAUCAAUCAAUUAAAUCCCGACGUUGGUAUUAUUCAAAUCGAACAGAAAGAUUCCCAUUCAUAUCGAGUCGUUGUGAAAAACACAGACCAAGGUCGUAUGAUGAUGAAUUUCAACAACUUUGUGUUUAAUGGGGUUCAGACAAUAGUGACAUGGGAGAGAAAGCCUUCUGAAGAGGCGCAAUUACUUCAGUGUUUUGAGAUUAUUAAAUAUUCCUUCUUAAAUGUUCAAAAGAGGCAAUUGGAUUUGUCUUAUAUGUCUCAAAAGCUCAAGCAACUAGGGUAUACCAUUCCAAAGUCAAUCGAAAACAUCAUCAAAAGUGCAUUAAAAUACUUCCACGAACAAGUCCCAGACUUAUUGGAGCUCUCUCUCGCAAACAAUGCAAUCGAAAACUCGGAGGUCUUGAAACAAAUCGCAUACGCCUUUUCUCAACUCUCCGCACUCGAUAUCUCAAACAACAAAUUAUCAAACUUCUACGAUAUGAAGGAGUUCAAAAAACUCCCUCUCCGUAAAUUGUACGUCGCGGGAAAUCCUGUCUGUAACCCUUCCAUUAUUUCACAACUCACCGUCAAUUUCCCGUAUUUGCAACUCCUCAACGGACAAAACGUGCGAAAUAAGUUCUAUGGCCCGACGAUGGAGUAUUGCCCUUUGCCGCAUCAGUACAACUCGAUAUUUCCGCCGAAUCGAGACAAUUUCAAAACAAUUUAUAACUUCUUCAAAUCGUAUUUUGCAACACAAGACAACAACCCACAGCAGUUGGUGCAGGUGUAUACGAACUACUCGGUGUUUGAUGUGACGCUUGAGAAGGGUGUAGUGUUUAAAGGACUUUCAUCAAGGAAUUUAAAAUCGUUGAUCCAGGCGCCGGACAUCCAGAAACGGAUAUUUAAAGGGCCACAAGAGAUAGUCCGUGCUAUAUUUGCAAUGAAGGGGUCGAAACACAUUCCAACGAAUUUGUGUUUUGAUAUUGCAUGUGUGGGCUCACUUAUCAAUGUGACUGUGAUUGGUAAUGUAUCGUUUAAUGGCGACGUCUUCCAGUUCUGUAGGACGUUUGUUAUGGUAACCUCUCCCCAAAUCAUGAUCUUAAAUGACCAUCUCCAAUUAUACCCUAAUAAGGAGACUUUCAGUGUUAUAAAGACGUACUCGGCCUUCUUAAAAUACGUCACACACAAAUUUCCGGGGCUGGGGAGUGAAGAAGAAGUCCUUAUAAUGCUCUCAGAUAACAAUUGGGACGUCAAGCUUACGGAGGAACAAAUUAAGAAAAGGCUCAACAUUAGCCAAACGUUUUAA